AGCUUCAGCCAUAUUUAUCCAUCCCUCACUAUCUCUUUCUCUCUUUCUAUACUUUUCUUCUUAUCUUUCUCCCUCCAUAUAUUUUUCUCUCCCCUAUCUUCCUCUUUCAUCUAGUAGAAACUAACCACACUAUUGACAAGAACCUGAAGCAUUGCCCUCUUAUUUUUUUAAAUAAGAUGUUGGGGUAGGGGAAGUAUCGGUAGAUCCUACCUCAAUUUAUCGUACUCCCAUAAUUAUAGAGGAGAAGUCCUCUCAUGGACAGCGUCUUGAUAGUUGAAACAUAAUUUCAAACUGGUAUUACAAAUCCGAACUCCUCCACCAUGUCUUCGGUUUGAAGCUGGUAUUAUGUUCACAGACAUCUAUACCCAAUGCAGACUGUUAUGCCCAGGUGGUUUUUUUUCUCAAUGUCAAUUUUGGUGACAAAAAUCCAAAAGAAACAGAUCUGUUUGUUCAUUCACAGCCUACUCCACAUUAACACUAAUACUCCAACAAAAACUAAGCGUACUCAUCUUUGUACAGAACCCAAUAGGGUUACAGGAUUAGAUGUGAGGAGACUCUGUAACAGUGGCAAACUUAAUGAAGCCAUUCAUAUUUUGCAAGUGAUGGAUGCUCCACUGGACUCCUCUACUUAUGUUUGUCUUUUGCAGGGAUGCCUAAACAAGAAAACCCUGUCCCUAGGCAAGUUGAUGCAUGCCCACCUCAUUCAAGCGGGAUUUAAAUCAGGCCUGUACUUGGAUAAUCUGCUGAUUAUAAUGUAUGAUAAACUGGGAAGCCUGGCAGAUGCUCGGAAAGUGUUUGAGGAAAUGCCUGAACGAAAUGUGGUGUCUUGGACUGCCAUGAUAUCAGGUUAUGCUAGGUAUGGAUUUGGUAAAGAAGCCAUAGAAUUCUUCCGCCAAAUGAAGAAAAAUGGGAUCCAACCCAAUCAAUUCAGCUACUCUAGUAUGAUUCCCGUUUGCGCUAGGAUGGUAGCUCUGGGACAUGGUAAAGAGGUUCACUGUGACAUAAUUAAAGCUGGUUUUGAAUCCAGUGUCUUUGUAGCAAGUUCCCUUAUAGAUAUGUAUAGAAAAUGUAGAAAUACUGAGGAUGCAUGCAAGGUGUUUGACAAAAUGCCUAAACGAAACGUGGUUUCAUGGACUGCGAUGGUUGCGGGAUAUGCACAGAGUGGCUGUCUGGACAAGGCUUUGGAACUCUUUGAGAGAAUGCCAGAACGAAACGUGGUUUCAUGGACAGCUAUAAUUGCAGGAUGCGCACAAAAUGGACAAUUUCAUGAAGCCCUGAAGCUAUUCUGGGAAAUGCCAGAACGACACCUUACGUCGUGGAACGCAAUGAUCUCAGGAUAUGCACAGCAUGAUUAUUUUGCAGAGGCUCUGGAACUGUUUCGACAAAUGCAGUCGACGGGUGUGAAGGCGAACUCUGUGACUUUAACCAGUCUUCUCCCUGCUUGUGCAUGUUUAGCAGCUCUGCGGCAGGGUAGGGAGGUUCAUGAAGACAUAAUUAGGAGUGGUUUUCUGUCUGAUGUCUUUGUGGGGAAUGCUCUUGUAGACAUGUAUGCCAAAUGUGGGAGCAUAGAGGAUGCACAGAAGUUGUUUAGUAGAAUGACUAAACGUGAUGUGGUGUCAUGGAGUUCGCUGAUUGUAGGCUAUGCUAUGCAUGGUUCAGCCUAUGAUGCUCUUCAGCUUUUUAAACAGAUGCAAUGUUCAGGCACGAAACCUGAUCAUAUUACCUUUGUUGGGGUUCUGUCUGCUUGCUGUCAUGCAGGUUUGGUUAGUGAUGCUUGCCAUUACUUUCGUUGUAUGAGUAAGGACUACCACAUCAGACCUUCAGUAGAGCAUUACACUUGCAUGGUUGAUCUUCUUGGUCGUGCUGGCCAUCUUAAUGAGGCUUGGGACAUAAUCCAAAUGAUGCCAAUGAAAGCGGAUGCUAUUGUAUGGGGGGCAUUACUUGGUGCUUGUCAAAUUCAUUCUAAUGUUGAACUAGGAGAAAUUGCAGCAGAGCGCCUUUUUGAAAUGGACCCUGAAAAUCCUGCACACUAUGUGCUGUUGUCAAACAUUUAUGCGUCUGUUGGAAGGUGGGAUGGUUUCAAAAGAGUCCGAAGAAUGAUGAAGGAUAGGAAGGUCAAGAAAACACCAGGACUAAGCUGGAUUGGAGUCAACAACAAGGUAAAUACUUUUGUUGUAGGGAACAUGUUGCAUCCCUACACCUAAAAGAGGCAAACAUAUUUCAAAGCACUAUGGUUGCAUUCCAAAACCUGAAGGAAAUAACUGACAUUCAGAGAGUCUCCAGGUGGCUAAAGAAACCAGAGUAAAUGAAUGAGAAAAACCAUGUGCUGCAAGAUUCGUGGGCACCAAUGUAAGUGAGCUUUUCGGUGCCAACAUAUAACAAUGUAUUUUAAGGUUAUAUACACUCCCUUGGGUCAAUGAAUGAGGUUCUCUUGGACACCA